AUGUGCCCUGCUGGAUAUCAUAAAGUCGACUUUGAUCUUUAUCCUGACUUCAAAAAGAAGUGCCAGCCCUGCCAAAGCUGUUUGGAAUCGUCAGAAUGCCAGAAGAAAUGUCCAUUUUCACUUUUUACAAAUUCUUCCACGGCUGCAACCACAUCUGCAUCUGCAUCUGCAUCUGCAUCUACAUCUACAGCUGCAAGAACCAUCAAAUCAAAUCAUCCUGUUGUGGAUCCAUUUCCACGUCACUCGAAUGAAAUGCACGGGCUGAUUCUCGUGGUGGUUCUGGUGAUACUUCUGUUAUUCCUUUGGCUCCUGCUGCUCUUCGCCAGGAGCCCCUUCAGAUAUCCAGACAGUUGUCUCUGCUGGAGCGUGAAUAAAGACCUUCAGCCACCUCUCGAGGACCCCAGAUUCAACGAACAAAGCAGUCAUCAAGGCAGCAGCCCGGACACGCUGACAUUAAACAUAUCUGAGAAUACUCCUAUGAUGACUCUCAGUCAGAGUCCAGCCAUGCCAGAACAUCCAGCCCACAUCAGUCCUCUAGACGCUGAACACAAAGCCGUCAGACAGCAUUCGCAAUCGGAUCAGUGGCCGGCCAUCGUCCUCUAUGCGAUUAUCAAGGAGGUGCCCCUGCGUAGGUGGAAGGAGUUCUUGCGUCUGCUCUCGCUCACUGAUCAGCAGCUGGAGCGGGUGGAGCUGGAGGCCGGUUUGGGUCUGGGCUCCAUAGAGAGGCAGUACCAGAUGCUGAGGCUGUGGAGCCAGUGUUCCUCUGCGAGGCUGAACGACGUCUUCUCUGCCUUGCACUACAUGGAUUUAUCUGGCUGUGCCCAGCUCCUGCAAGAAAGUCUAGAGAAGCUACAGUGGCAGGCCUGAACUGAAGGUUUCACAGCCUGCAGAAGUUACACAGACCAUGGUUUCAAAGGGGCAUCGCAGGACAACUGAGGCUGCACAUGUGAACAUUAAUGUGUUCAACAGCGGAUGCCAGACGUUUCUAACUGUACUACAUGGUGCAACCACAGAAAACUGCAUUUAUGUCACAAAUAACUCAUACUGAGUAAUGUAAAUGUAUAUUGCAAUCAAGCUGAGAGUUAAAUGGCAGUACAGAGCACUGUGGAGAUGCUGAU